AUGGCUGUCGGUGCAGAUAUUCUCAGUGAUGAAACAUUAGAGCUUGGUCUUGCCCGCAUUUUGCGAGAUCGACUCAACUUGUUCAAUGAUGGCGUUGCCAUUGAAGACGGGGGGCACAGCAUCACCUUCCGCGAGUUACACUGCAAGGCGUUGAAAUUGAUGCAAACCAUCCUGCAGCACCAGAUUCGCAAGGAAGAGCCAAUUGGUGUUCUCGCGCCACGCGGCAUUGACCACAUCAUAUCUCAAGUUGCCGUGAUUUAUGCAGGAGGGACUUGUGUACCCAUUAAUGUCGAUCUCCCGGAUACACACAUCAGCAAUAUGCUGCAUAAUAUUGAAUCCUCGAUACUAUUAAGCGAUAUCAGCAACUGUCAUCGGCUCGGAUACUUCAAACGAAUUGUUGUCAACCAUGCUUUUGACGAUAGGGAUACAGCAUCGGGUUAUCAUGAGGUUUCUGAAAAUGACCCAUAUUGUCGAUCUCAUAUCUUCCACACCUCGGGGUCAACAGGUAAACCGAAGGCCGUGCAAGUAUUGUCGUUAGGCCUUCUGAACUUGGUCUUUAACGACGUCGAUCUCGUUAGACGAGGCCACCGCUUAGGUCAUGUCUGCAAUAUUGGAUUCGAUGUGUCGUUGUGGGAAAUUUGGUCCUCAUUGCUGCAUGGGGCCACUAUUGUGGUUUACCAUCGCCAUGAGCUAUUGGACGCCAUGAUAUUCGAACAACGGCUGCAAAACGACCGGAUUGACGUCCUGUGGCAGACAACAUCGCUAUUAGCAACCUUGGCAAAUGCUUGUCCCCAAAUUUACUCCAACGUUAACACGCUGGUGACAGGUGGUGAAGCAGUCAAUAUCCAAACCUGCCGAGCAAUCUUUGCCAAUGGUCCACCAAGACAGUUGUGGAACCUCUAUGGCCCAACAGAACUGACAGUAUUCGCAACGUGUCAUCAGAUCACCCCCGAGGACGUUCAGAGUGGCACUAUACCUAUCGGACGACCUCUAAGAAAUUACCAAGCUUUCAUCGUUGACGAAAACCUACAGCCUGUUCCCGACGGCCAUGCCGGGGAGCUUUUGGUCGGUGGUGCAGGCGUCACAGCCGGCUAUUUUCGGAAUCCUGCGAAAACUUCUUCGGCGUACGUUAGUGCCCCUCACCUCUCUGUUGCCUGCAAAACAAGCACAGGGCUUCUUUACCGGACCGGCGACUUCGCUCGGAGUAACCACAGGGGGCUUAUUGAAUACCUUGGCCGCCAGGACAGUGAGGUGAAAAUACAUGGUCGAAGGGUCGAUCUGGCGUCGGUCGAAGCAUGUUUGCUAAAGACAACUCUAGUAUCCGCGGCGGUCGCCCUUAAAAUAGAUGAUGGAGAUCUUGAAUGUGGCUCGGAACUGCUGGCUUUUGUCAUACCUGCCGUCUCAGACCUCGACUCCAGGCUUGUUGGAGAUGCUUAUGCCAAAUUAGCGCCACCCCAACUUAUGGUUCCUCGAAUAGAGUUGGUGGACUCUCUCUUCCUCACGCCGAGUGGGAAGACGGAUAGAAUCAGGCUUGCCAAAGAAUACAUCAGGCAACGUCAAUCAAUGAGACUGGCCCGAAACCAGAACGGCGCCGUUGUUGCAGACAACAUAGAGAAUCACUUGCAGGGAUUGUGGCAGGAUAUCCUUGGCCUGUCACUGGACAGCAUCCAAACUAGUGAUGACUUCUUUUUGAUCGGUGGUACAUCACUCCAUGCGGCUCUUCUCGUCUCAAAGCUUCAGCAGUCACUCGGUGUUGUGGUCCGUGUGGCGACCUUGUUCGAAAAUUCGACAUUCGAAAGCAUGUGUGAUGUGGUGUCCAGAGCACGGAACGAUACACCAAUCCAUGAUUAUACAGCAGAGAUGGCACUGUGGCUGAAAGAUUGUGAUUUGGGUAGUGAUAUCAAAGCUAUUGCUGGUUCUCCUGCUGACUGGCAAAGCGACGGAGAAGGACGAGUGUUCCUGACAGGUGCCACGGGAUUUAUGGGCUCGUUCUUUCUAGCGAAGCUUUUGGCAUUGCCUCAAGUCAAGACAGUGGUGUGUCUGGUCCGCGCAGAAAAUCAAGCCAAUGGCAUCCUACGAAUCCGAGAGGCGCUAGAGAAAUAUCAAUUAUCUCUACUUCCUGGCCAAGAGGACAAGAUUGUGGCUCUUCUUGGCGACCUUUCCCAAGCAGACCUUGGAAUAGGCGUUGAACAAUAUCUGCAUCUUGCAGAGUGGUCAAGCGUUGUGUUCCAUCUGGGCGCGCACAUCAACUAUGUACAGCCUUACUCAAAUCAUCGAGCGGCCAACGUUCUGGGUACAGUGAACAUGAUACGCUUUGCCAAUACGAGUCGCCCCAAACAUCUGCACUAUACAUCUAGCAUUAGUGCAUAUGGGCCCACGGGGUUGGUGAUGGGGUCAACCCACCUUCCUGAAGAUGAAAGGCCUGCAAAUCAUGUCGCCGCCCUUCGAUACGAUACUGGAUACUCCCAAAGUCAGUUUGUUGCGGAAACGAUUGCCUGGAAAGCGAUAGAUAACGGGCUUCCUUUGACAAUAUAUCGUCCAGGGGUUGUGCUUGGCCACAGCGAGAUGGGCACGAUGAAUACCGACGACUUCUUCCACAAGGUCAUGGCGAGCUGCAUUAGGAAUGCAAGCUUUCCUCUGCUGCCUCAGCAAAGAGAGGAUUUUGUGCCGGUCGACUUUGUGGUAUCUGCAAUGCUGCAUAUUGCCUCCAAAGACACCAGCGUUGGCCAGGCAUAUAAUCUUGUGCAUCCCACCUGUACAAUUGACAUGGCCACGAUUUUUCAAUCCGUCAACAGUCUCAUCGAAGCGUCACCAAUGCGAGGAAUUCCGUAUGCGGAGUGGGUUAAAAGGCUCUCUCAGAGUCCUAACAACCUAAUUCUAUCGUUAUUGCCCAUGCUAGAAGAAAAGGUAUUUGGGGAUCGAACACGAUGGGAGAUGCAGCAGAGCAUGCCCGAGUUUGGCACCGCCAAUCUUUGUCAUUCACUCGCUGACAAUCCUGACUUAUUGCUUUGCCCUUCUCCUACUUCUUUGAUUGCAACAUAUCUCCCUCACUGGGUCCAGGCUGCCUCCACUUGA